AUGGCCGACGACAAGUCCGGAGCGCUGGCGGAGGUCACGACAACCAGCGCCUCCUGGGUGGCAGCGUUCUGCGCGGGCGACGUGGACACCUGCGCCUCUCUGUACAGGGAGGACGCCCUCAUGGUGGCGCAGCCCUUCGGCUCCUUCGAGGGGCGCAAGGCCAUCGACGAGUUCUGGCGCAAGCUGGUGGCCGACGGUGCGCGCGACCUCAAGUACGCCAACACCAAGAUGGAGGCGCUGGACGGCGGCAACGUGCUGCUGUCGGCGGACUGGACCAUGAACAUCGGCGGCGGCGUGAUCACCAAGGAGCACUGGGAGAAACAGGCGGACGGCAAGUGGCUGCUGAAGGAGGACCAUUUCGAGGUCAGGGACCAGGCGUCCUCCGAGUAG